GUCUUAAAUGGCCUGCAACUGCAACAGAUCGGAUCUUACGUUUUUGAUAGCAACCCCGUCUCUGUAUCUGCAGCGACAUAGCUUUUCUAUUCCAGCCAAACCCGAUCUACAACGUCUGGAAUUUUGCGGCAAAAUCUUUCCGGUAAUCCAAUGAUUAACUCGAUGAUUGAGAGAAGCCUGAGGAAGCUUCGAGUUUGGCUGAUCCGUGCGGCUGAAGAUCGUUCUCCUCCAGAGGGACUCCAACCUCAUUCACCGGGUCAUGGCGUGGCUGUGACGAUGUCAUAUUCAUGCGUUUUGAAUCCCUUGGCCUUCAGAUCUGCAUCUUUGGGCUGGCGGAUCAACGGUGGUGGUGGUGGUGGUGGGAUCUCGCCUUCAGAUCUAUAUUGCACUGCUGGAUCUACAUCCCCCAGCCAUAAACUGAGUGCCAUGGAGGUUGUGGCGGAGGGAGGCUCAAGUCUUGGCCACUUUGCUUGGUUUUGAACAAACGACGCUUUGAAUGUCUGCUGAAGACCUGAAAUGCGCAAACAAGGUUACCAUUAGGACCUGUCAAAUUUUAUUUUAUUUUUUUUAAAUUUGAUGAAACACAUGAUCAUUCUUCUCUUAUUUCCAUUUUUUUUUUCUGCUUUUUAUUUCUUUUUAUUUGCUUCAAAUCUGUUUGUCACAGCCCAAUCUACUUUCCAACAUCGCUACCAGCCAGCGCCCCGGCAGUUCCGCA